GGAGUUAUGAUACAGAUAAUUUCCGCUAUUGGUGUUAUUUGACAGUACUGUAAAGAUUGACGAGAAACACGCAGUUCAGAGGCCGUUGAUGGACCAGCCUGGUGAAGAGGCGGGGUUAGAAUGGGACAGAGCACCUCGGAACAAGAGGGCCAAGAACAUGCAGAUGCCCCUCUGGAAGAAGGGUUUAAUAACAUCAAGGCGUUUGUGGAGGAAGAGCUACAGACGAGCAUGAUGAUGGGGAUGGUGAUUGGUGCGGGCAUCGCCAUAAUCCUCAUCGCCAUCCUCAUCUUCUUCAUGCUGCGGAGGAUCCAGCUCAGAAACCUGCAAGCCCAGGAGGCCCCCAAGUAUCGAUUCCGCAAGAGGGACAAGGUCAUGUUCUAUGGGCGAAAGAUCAUGCGCAAGGUGUCCCAGUCCACCUCUUCCCUGGUGGGCACAGCCUCCUCCUCGCGCCCACGACUCAAAAAGAAGCAGAAAAUGCUCAACAUUGCCAAAAAGAUUCUGCGUUUUAAGAAGGAGGUGCCCACCCUGGUAGCUAAGGAGCCCCCUCCCUCAGUGCUGGAGGCGGACCUUACAGAGUUUGACGUGGCCAACUCCCACCUGCCCUCCGAGGUGCUCUACAUGCUCAAGAACGUCCGUGUGCUGGGCCACUUUGAGAAGCCUCUGUUCCUGGAGCUGUGUAAACACAUGGUGUUCCUGCAGUUUCAACAGGGAGAGUACGUCUUCAGACCGGGCCAGCCUGACAGCAGCAUCUACGUGGUGCAGGACGGAAAACUAGAACUGUGCCUUACUGGAAUGGAUGGCAAGGACGGUGUGGUGAAGGAGGUGUACCCCGGAGACAGUGUCCACAGCCUCCUCAGCAUCCUGGACGUCAUCACCGGACACCAGAAGCCGUACAGGACGGUGUCGGCGCGGGCGGCUGAGGUGUCCACCGUACUGCGUCUACCUGUCGAGGCCUUCCUCUCCAUCUUCGAGAAGUACCCUGAGAGCCUGGUGCGGGUUGUCCAGAUCAUCAUGGUUCGUCUCCAAAGAGUAACAGUUCUGGCGCUGCACAACUACCUAGGGCUCACCAACGAGCUCUUUAGCCACGAGAUGCAGCUCCUGCGCCUGCUGCCCCUGUCCCCCCACCCUGUGCCCCGCACCAGCCCCCAGCGCCACGGCAAGCGUUUCGGGAGCCUGACCGUGCCCGCGGAGGACCGCGAGGCCGCCGUGAAGGACGCAUCAGAUCCUGGGAAGGAUGGAGCCACAGUCCCACCAACCCUCAGCAGGACCAUCUCCAUGCCUGUAGACAUCGCCGGCAUGCAGAAGAAUCUGCGGUCGGAUUUCGACAUGGCCUACGAGAGAGGACGGAUCUCAGUUUCCGCUGAGGACGGCAACACGCCACCCACCUAUACACGGGAUCAGCGGGAGAGGAGGGUGACCGUAGACGAGGUGCCGUCGGGGGUUUACCUGUACCCCGAGGAGGAGGGGGGUCCGGACAAUCAGUUCUCACCAGGACCAGGGCCCGUCCCCGGUCGCCCCAGCCCUGCCCUGUUCGAGGAGGCCCUGAAGGAGCUCCUCAAACUCAUGAGGAUAGAGGACCCCGCUCUGCUGAAUGGGAGAGUGACUCUGCACCAUGCCAAGGCAGGAACCGUGCUGGCUAGACAAGGAGACCAGGAUGUGAGUCUCCACUUUAUCCUGUCCGGCUGUCUCCACGUGUACCAGCGGAUGAUCGACAAGCAGGAUGCGGUGUGUCUGUUUGUCACCCAGCCGGGUGAGAUGGUGGGCCAGCUGGCUGUGUUGACUGGAGAACCCCUCAUCUUCACCAUCAAGGCCAACAGAGACUGCACCUUCCUCAAGAUCUCCAAGUCUGACUUCUAUGAGAUCAUGAGGGAACAGCCCAGUGUGGUUCUGAGUGCAGCCCACACCGUAGCCAUCCGCAUGUCCCCCUUCGUCAGACAGAUGGACUUCGCCAUAGACUGGAUGGCUGUGGAGGCCGGCAGAGCCCUCUAUAGGCAGGAAGACCAGUCGGACUGCACCUACAUAGUUCUGAACGGACGUCUACGUUCUGUUAUACGUAAAGCUAACGGGAAGAAGGAGCUGGUAGGAGAGUACGGUCGAGGAGACCUCAUAGGAGUGGUUGAGGCUCUGACCCGACAGCCCAGAGCCACCACGGUCCACGCGGUCAGAGACACAGAGCUGGUCAAGCUACCAGAGGGAACGCUCAACAACAUCAAGAGGAGGUACCCACAGGUGGUCACCAGGUUGAUCCACCUGCUGGGACAGAAGAUCCUGGGGAACCUGCAACAGGCCCGCGGACCAUUCUCAGGUUCUGCCCUCGGCCGGUCCAGCGUAGCGUCCAGCCCUGACGUCACCAACCCGGCCAGUAACCUGUCCACUGUGGCCGUACUGCCCAUCUGUGACGAGGUGCCAAUCAACGCCUUCAACCUGGAGCUCAGCCACGCCCUCAGCGCCAUAGGACCUGCCCUGCUGCUGACCAGUGACAUCAUCAGAGAGCGACUGGGGGCCUCCGCUCUGGAUAGUAUCCACGAGUACCGUCUGUCUGGCUGGCUGGCCCAGCAGGAGGACAUCAACAGGAUAGUCCUGUACCAGACAGACAGCAGUAUGACUCCCUGGACCCAGCGCUGCAUCAGACAGGCUGACUGCAUCCUCAUCGUGGGCCUGGGGGAACAGGAACCUGCGCUGGGACAGUUAGAGCAGAUGUUGGAGAACACUGCGGUGAGGGCCCUGAAACAGCUGGUGCUGCUCCAUAAAGAGGACGGCUCGGGGCCCUCCAGGACCGUAGAGUGGCUCAACAUGAGGAGCUGGUGCUCCGGACACCUCCACCUCCGCUGCCCCCGCCGGGUCUUCUCACGACGCAGCCCCUCAAAACUGGAUGAGGACAGUUGUAAAGAGAGCUCUGACGAUGUGAGGGAGGUGUAUGAGAAGGUGUUUGAGAAGACAGCGGACAGACACAGUGAUUUCUCUCGGCUGGCCCGGGUACUGACUGGGAACAGCAUCGCUGUGGUGCUAGGAGGAGGAGGAGCCAGAGGCUGCUCCCAUGUGGGAGUGAUCAAGGCCAUGGAGGAGGCAGGGAUUCCCAUCGACAUCGUGGGCGGGACGUCCAUCGGGUCGUUCAUCGGGGCGCUGUACGCCGAGGAGAGGAGUGCGGUGCGCACCAAGCAGAGAGCCCGCGAGUGGUCCAAGGCGAUGAACUCCGUAUUCAAAACCAUCCUUGACCUGACCUAUCCCAUCACCUCAAUGUUCACUGGUGCCGCCUUCAACACCAGCAUCUCCAAAGUGUUCCAGGACAAGCAGGCUGAGGACCUGUGGUUGCCCUACUUCAACGUGACUACUGACAUCACGGCGUCCGCCAUGCGUGUGCACCAAGACGGCUCGCUGUGGCGCUAUGUUAGAGCGAGUGCCUCCUACACCCCCUAUUUACCUCCCCUCUGCGACCCCAAGGAUGGCCACCUGCUUGUGGAUGGUUGCUAUGUUAACAAUGUCCCAGGGUCACUGUGGCGCUAUGUGAGGGCGAGCAUGACCCUCUCAGGGUACCUGCCGCCCCUCUGCGACCCCAAAGAUGGCAACUUGCUUAUGGACGGGGGCUACAUCAACAACCUGCCAGCGGACAUCGCGAGGAACAUGGGCGCCAAGACUGUCAUCGCCAUCGACGUAGGUAGCCAGGACGAGACGGACCUCUGUAACUACGGCGACAGCCUGUCGGGCUGGUGGUUGCUGUGGAAACGAAUCAACCCCUGGGCAGAGAAAGUGAAGGUUCCAGACAUGGCAGAGAUCCAGUCCAGGCUGGCCUAUGUGUCGUGUGUACGUCAGCUGGAAGUGGUUAAGAAGAGUGCCUACUGUGAGUACAUCAGACCACCCAUCGACCGCUUCAAGACAAUGGACUUCGGCAAGUUUGACGAGAUCUACGAUGUGGGCUACCAGCACGGCAAGCUGCUCUUUACCGGAUGGGCCCGUGGUGACAUCAUCGACAACAUGCUCAAGGACCACCGCUCGGCAGACUACAAUGACAGCAAGACCAAGACGGACUCCUAUACGUGUCCAGGGUCAGACUUCACUGACCUGGCUGAGAUAGUGUCCAGGAUUGAGCCGGUCCAGACCUACGUCGAUCCUGACGCUGCUGAGGCGGGGGACGAGUCGGACUGUCUGACGGAAUAUGAGGAGGACGGGAUGGACACGGUGAGAGAAGAGGAGGAGGAGGAAGAAGAGGAGGAGGAGGAAGAGGGGGAACAGGAACUCGAUGACCUCUCCCCGGGAGAGUGGGGUCAGAACGGAGUCUUCCAGGCGGAUGAGAAGUCAGUCCGCCAGCGGAGGAAAACAGAAGGUGAAGCCAACACCUACUCCGAGCUCUCCGACUGCUGACAGGAGGAGAGGAAAUAUGAGAAAGAGACAGACUUUGGGUCCAAGAACCAUGAGAAAGGAAGGAGGGAAAGGCAGGGAGGAAAAGAGAUAUGAGUCCGGCUCUGUGUCCAAAAACUAAGGAGGUGGAAGAUGAAUGUUGGAGGUCGGGCAAUUUCUGCAGCUACUGUAGCUCAACAAAUACUUAUUUAUCCCAACUCUAAUCUACCACACCUGAUUCUAAUAAUUAGCUGGUUUAUCAAAUAAAUCAGGUUAGUUACAUCAAGGGUUGGAGUGAAAACCUACAUGAGCGCUCUCCAGGAACAGUGUUGGAGGGCUAUCUAACCCCUGACCCUUAACCCCGUAAGCCAUUGGACCACUGGUGUCCAGUGUGACUUGAACCAUGAAUGGACACUCUCCAAUCUGAAGAUGGACUCAACUGGGACCCCUCCACUCUGUUUCCCCUCCCACCACUCCACUCCUGCCAAAGCUGAAAUACUUUUAUUGGGGUGACUAAAGUGUGUCCCUCAUACCACAGGGAACACAUUAGUACUUGGUUGAAGUUAAAAACCUGGUCUCUUUAAAGCUUUCAGCUCCAAUGCUUUGGCCCUAUUCAGACUGUCUGUCUGCAUGUCCUGUCUGUCCAUAAUCAGGAGAGGUUCUUAUUGAUUGUUCUCUGUUAAGACACAGAUGGUAUUACGUGGAUGGAAGUUGGAAAGGUGUGUGUCAUUACAAUUUAUUUGCUAGUAGUAGUAUUGAUGUUGAAUGGAGAAGGAGAGAGAUAUGUAAAAGGCUGAUAAUGAAAGAGGUGCAAAACCGCUGACGCGCACAAACAGUAGAAAGACGGAUGUAUCCUGAACAAAAAUAUAAACACAACAUACAACAAUUUAAAAAGUUUUACUGAGUUCAUAUAAGGAAAUCUGUCCAUUGCAAUUCAUUAGGACCUAGUCUAUGGAAAUCACAUGACUGGGCAGGGGAGCAGCCAUAGGUCCACCCACUGGGGGGCCAGGACCAGCCAAUCAGAAUGUGUUUUUCCCCACAAAAGGGCUUUAUUACAGACAGAAAUACAGACAGUCCCGCAGGUGAAGAAGCUGGAUGUGUGCAGGUCCUUGACUGGUGUGGUCUGCGGUUGUGAGGCCGUUUGGACGUACUGCCAAAUUCUCGAAAACAAUGUUGGAGGUGGCUUAUUGUAGAAAAAUUAACAUUUUAAAUUCUCUGGCAACAGCUCUGGAGGACAUUCUUGCAGUCAGCAUUGCACACCCUCAAAACGUGAGACAUUUGUAGCAUUGUGUUAUGUAAUAAAACUAUACAUUUUAGUGGCCUUUUAUUGUCCCCAGCACAAGGUGCACCUGUGUAAUGAUCAUACUUUUUAACCAGCUUCUUGAUAUGCCACACCUGUCAGGUGGAUGGAUUAUCUUGGCAAAGGAGGAAUGGUCACUAACAGAGAUUUAAACCAAUUUUUGCACAAAAUUUGAGAGAAGCUUUUUGUGUGCAUAUUAAACAUUUCUGGGAUCUUUUAUUUCAGCUCAUGAAACACUUUACAUGUUGCAUUUUAUAUUUUUGUUCAGUGUAUAUUAUUGGAAGUUGAAGUAGGGAGAUGAAACUGUGUAGUGGAGAGGUGUGUGUGUCAUUGGUUUCCACCAUGCUUGCUACCACUGUAUUCUGCUUGUUCCAAGCAGAGGAUAACAAUGCCUUUUUAACCUGAAAUUAACCGUUUAAAAACAAUGGAGGGGAGACUUUGCCAAUGGACCUUUUAGUAUAGAAACCCCCCUCCUCUCCCUACUUGCCUAAUGCUUGCAUGGGGUCCUGUGUACUCCCUAACCAACAAGUGUCAAACUCAUUCCACGGAGGGCCAAGUGUCUGUGGGUUUUCGCUCCUUCCUUUUACUUGAUGAAUUCAGGUCACUAAUUAGUAAAGAAUUUCCUUCACCUGGUUGUCUAGGUCUUAAUUGAAAGGAAAAACCAAAAACCCACAUCAACUAGGCCCUCCAUGGAAUGAGUUUGACACCCCUGCCCUAACCUCUCAAAUGGUCACAGAGUAACUUAGUCUAAUCUUAGUAAUAACUAUAUAUACACACUAUACCUACUUUACACCUGUUAAUACUCAUGUAUAUAAUAAAUACUUUCUAUGUCAAUGUUUUUCUGCUGCGAAACUAGGACUCUUUUCACCUGAGAGAUGUCCUUCCUAAAUCCAUUCAAAUGUGCACCGAAAUGUUUUUGUUGCCAAUUUUAGUUUUUAUUUCUUUUGUUUUAACCACUGGCUUUUAAAAAAAAAUUGCCCUUUUUUUUACACUGAACAAAAAGGAAAAAAAUCCUAAUGGAGAAUUCUAAUUACAGACGUGAAUAAUGAACUAUACUGUCCUUUCUUAUUAGAUUGUGUUUCGCUAUUUUGCACUGAUGAAUAUAAUAAUAUAAUAAAUAAUAUUCCUUGUUUGGAAA